GUAAUUUUCUUAUCAUGCAAAUUACUUCAUUUUUCAUUUCAGUCUUGCAGUGUGAAAUUGAUAUCGAUUAAUUUAAAUAAUUAUAUGAUUCAUUAAGAAAAUCAUUGCAGUAAUUGUUAAAUUACGGUUAAAAUGUCUUACGGAAACACUGCACUGUACGACCUGCUAAACGUGAGCAGUCAAGCAUCAGUACCUGAAAUCAAAAAGGCGUAUCGCAAAUUAGCCAGAGAAUUUCAUCCCGAUAAAAAUCCGUCGUCGGGGGAUAAAUUUAAGGAAAUUUCUUACGCCCAUGAAGUACUAACCGAUCCACAAAAGCGAUCGGUGUACGAUCGUUAUGGCAUGAAAGGUCUUCAAGAAGGUGCUCGAGAACCGUCAACGUCGUUCUUCCAAGAUGAUAUUUUUUCGCAAAUUUUCGAUAUGGGUUCAGGACUGGGAGGAUGUAGAUUUCAGAAUAGAUAUCAACGUUCCGAAGACACCAUUUAUCCAUUGAAAGUCACAUUGGAGGAUUUAUACAACGGUAAAUGUGUCAAGUUUCAUAUGAACAAGACCGUUGUCUGUGUCACGUGUCGGGGGGUUGGCACAAAGACCGGUGUGAAACAUUGGUGCAGAGCUUGUCACGGACGCGGUGUACGAGUGCAAUAUCGUCCUGUUCUUUUAUUAAUGCAACAGCAAAUUUACACCACAUGCGAAGAAUGCUCGGGUCAAGGAACUGUCGUCCCCGAACGUGAUCGUUGCGUGCACUGUCGUGGUAAAAAGACUUACAUCGAGAAGAAAAACUUCGAAGUAUUUAUCGAAAAAGGAAUGAAAGAUAGCCAGAAGAUUAUACUUCGAGGAGAAGGAAAUCAAUCACCUGAUACCCAAGCUGGCGAUAUAAUCGUCAUCUUACAAGCCGAACAGCACGAUCGAUUUCAACGUCUCGGCAACGACUUAUACGUCGAUAAAGAAAUCUCGUUGACUGAGGCUCUUUGUGGGUUUUCUUUCGGGCUUACACAUCUUGACGGACGUGUUUUGAGGGUUGUUCAACCACCUGGCAGUUGUAUUAAGACCGGUCAAAUGAGAGGUUUAGUAGGCGAAGGUAUGCCGAGCCGAGCAGAUCCUACGCAAAAAGGAAACUUAUACAUUAAAUUCACCGUUAAAUUUCCCCAAAAUUAUUUCGCCAAUGAAAAUCAGAUGAAGCUUCUGGAAGCACUCCUGGGACCAAAAACGGAAUUCACGAUGCCUACAGGAGAGGAUGUCGAAGAAGUAGAUUUACACGAUUAUACACCAACUGACGAUAGUAGUUCUAGAACGUACGCUGAAGCGUUUAGCGAAGACGACGACGAACCAUUUGGGGCUCAUUUCAUGCCUGGAGGUCGCGUGCAAUGUGCUCAGCAAUAAAUUUAGCAUUCCGAUAAAGCUUUUCUCGAAAUUAUGGAUUCAAGAUACAAUUUUUUUUUACACCAAAAACAUAUUGUGUAAUCAAUUAAAUCAUUGGUUUUUCAUUUACGUCGAUAUUUAAUCAUUUUUACAUUAUGGAAUUUUUGUCGCUAACGAGCUUUGUAAUAUGUAUUUUAAUGGCCAAAUUAUCACCUUAUUUUUUCCCUUAUAUCGAAUCCCAUGAUUGCUUUACAUUUUCAAAAGAAAAAUGUGAUAGUAUACAUAAAAUGUGUCUCGAGUGUAGAUAAAAACAUUGUAAAACUCGGUUUUGUUAUCGAACUGCAACUUAUGAUUUUCAAACCAAACCAAAAUACCAACCUUUAUGAUAAGAAAUAUGUGCAGAUUUCCUGUUGUUUGUGGUAGAAUUUCAUCUUUUUUUUUCUUUUCAUUUUUCGAGCGAAUUAUUUUUUCCAUUACUAAUUUUAUCUUGGUAUUAGCGAUUAAUUAUUAUGUGAUGUAUUGUUUAUUAGUAAAAUAAUUAACGCGUAUUGUUGAAUUCCUAUCUUUACCCCUUUCAUACCAUGAUCAUUAUUCCAAGUCCUAACAGACUCGUCUCAAUCAGUUGUAAUUUUGUUAAUCAUGUUUGAUCAUUGAUUUUUUUUUGUAUUUUGAUUGCAUAAUUAUUAUUAAUUACUUGUAUGUAUUACUACUACUGAUGUUACGAUAGUGCAAUAUUUUUCCUUAGUAGGGAACAAGAAGUAACCAUCUUGAAAAUCAAACAUUAACGAAAUUUGAUUGGCGAAUGACUCGGAAUCCGACAAAUUAAAAACGUGGAGGAUUUUCGCAAUAAAGAAGUUGACAUCAUUCUUCCAUUUUAGUUUUUUUUUUUUUUUUUUUUUUUGGAGGAAUUAAGAUUAGGAAUAAUUUGACUUUAUUAUUUUAUGAAGAAAGAUGUUGCCGAUUCUUUUGCGUUGAUAUCAGUUUGUUACAGUAAAUUUCUUUAUUUUUGAUUA